UGUCGUCGUUUUGUUCUCGCAUUGGGUAAUUGUGUGUCAUCCAAUUAUGGAUAAUAAGAUUACAAUUAAAUUAUUGAUAACGUAAAAGUUAAGUAAAAAAAUGAAAUCAAAACAAAACCGAGUCGGAAUUUAAAGCCCCCUUUUCGAUUUUGAAUGAAGUUAAUAACCGAAUUGAGUCAAAGAAAUGUCCGAUCCUGAAUAUAAGAGGGUUUGCGAAGCGUUUAAACGAUUGUCUGGGGGAGGCACCCUCCUCAGCCGACAAGCGUUUAUCCAAAACGUUCUUGGAGAAGGAGUCCCCGUCACGAUAGCCGAGGCUCUUUACAACGCCUGUGGAGGGACAAUUCGAGGAAUCGGACUAAGGGAUCUCAUCUGCGGAUUAGUUCUCCUCACGAAAGGAACACAAGAAGAAAAAAUCAAGUUUCUUUGGACGCUUUAUUCCAACGAUUCGGGUGCUUACAUCGUAAAACCCGAAUUCUUAGCCUCAUUGCGCCUGGAAGGCAGCUUACCAUCGGAUGACACCAAAAAUAACCUCUCAUUAUUCUCACCCGGACAAGAUCGGGUUAGUUUCGAACAAUUCCGAUCGUGGAUUUUAAUCAAACACGACGCCACGGUCCUCUCAAAAUGGCUUUUAGCCUCAUCGUGCGUCACCCUAAGUUCGGAAUUAGAGACCCCGACGUUUUAUCAAACCCUCGCGGGCGUCACACAUCUCGAAGAGCAAGACAUUUGCGAGUUAGAAAAAUGUUUUUGGUCGCUUCAAAGCGCCGCUACGUCCGGUCAAUUAGAUUCAACGUGUGUAACCGCUUUAAUUAGCCCCCCGAUUCCGGCGAGUGCGUGUCAAGGAUUGUUUUUAGCUUUGGAUGUUAACCGAGAUGGUCACGUUGAUUUUAAAGAGUUGUGUUGCGGGGUUUCCGCCGCUUGUAGAGGACCAACCGUUGAAAGAAUGAAAUUUUGUUUUAAAGUCUUCGAUAUGGACCGAGAUGGUUUCUUGAACCAAUUUGAGCUCCAACACAUGAUUGAAGUGCUUUUAUACGUAGCCAGGGAGAACGAAACCACCAAAAUGAACACGAUCGAUCGAAAUUAUUUCAGGAAAAGUAACCGAAAAAACAGCAAUAGCUCCAUUAAUACCCCGGAAUCAACUCCAUUUUCAAACGGGGAGGUGCUCAAUGAGUUGUACGCGAAAAGUUUGAAUUCGUUACGGGGUCAAAUUAACCCAGAAGGGAACGUUUCGCAAGAAGAUUUUUUAGUUUGGAGUAAUGAAAACGUUACGAAUCCUUUAGUUGACCCAUUUUUGGAGCUCCUUUUUCAAGUUUGUCACGUUUCGCUUGGAUUAAAACCUUUAUGUAGACAUCAUGAACACGAAAUAGUUAGAGGUUGGUUAGAUCGUGAGGGACGCCGAGGAUACCGCGUCGGCCAAUUUUGGUAUUUAAUCUCGUCCGAGUGGUGGCAAAUGUGGUUAAAUUACACGACGGGACCUCGAAAUAAUUAUGAUUAUUGUAAUUGUCGCCCGGAUAAUCGGGUUCCGGUCGAGGAAGGAAUCGUGUGCGACGAAAGCUUUCCCAGUAAUGGAACUGAUUUUACGUCGCAUUCGAAUGAGUUUAAUUCUAAUAGUACGGAUUCGAUGGGGGAUUUGUUGAGUAAAGGAGAUAGUUGUAGCAUUGCUUCGAGUUCGGGAGUUUCGAGCAGUUCUGGAACGGGGAUGAAGCGGGCCCAAAAUGGGAUGCCUGGGCCGAUUAAUAAUUCGAAUUUGGUGGUUGAGGUGGCCCAAACUAAAGUUGGAACUUUAACUGGAGAAGGUGGCCGUUUACGUAGAGACACAACACUAAGUCAAGGAAACGAUUUCGAACUCGUCCCGGAAUCUCUUUGGAAAGCCCUCCAACUCUGGUACGGGUGUUCUCUCCCCCUCCCGCGGCAAGUAAUCAAACCCCCAAACUCCCCGGACGUCGAACUCGAACUUUACCCAUUAAAUUUACGAAUACUCCAACAUCACAAUCAAUCCUCAUCAACAUCCGGUUCUCCAGCGACUUGGAAUAGCAUCGUCGGGGGUUACGGUGCUGCCGCUUUAAGUACAGCGGGAAUUACGAGCACCCCAGUGGCUCCCCCAAGGCGAUAUCUCGCCCAUACAGCCGCUUUCUCCCGAUUAUCAAACGUCAGGCAGGUUAUUGAAUUUUUAGGCGCACGCUUAUUAUUUCGAACGGAAGAUAUCCGAUUAUGGCACGUUAAGGAGGGAUCAACGAUACUUUUAGAAGACGAAACAUCGACGUUACAAGAUUUGGGAAUCGGAGAUAACGAACAAAUCCUUUUGGAGGUUCGAAAUAAAGAUUUAACAUGGCCCGAAGAGUUAGGCGCGUUGGUUAGUGGCAACACAGCCGUUCAAUCACUAAUUUCAUCCGAACGGAGACCCACGAUAACACUCCCACCCGGCGCUACGGGUUUACACAACUUAGGAAACACGUGUUUUAUGAAUGCUGCGUUACAAGCCGUAUCAAACACGCGCCCAUUAACGUUAUAUUUCCAAAGAGAUCUGCAACUUUGCGAGUUAAACUCGGUGAAUCCCCUCGGAACUAAAGGACAAGUCGCGAAGAGAUACGCCGAGUUGUGCAGGGAUUUAUGGGCGGGCUCAACUCGCAGCGUGGCCCCUUUAAAAUUAAGAUAUUGCGUAACUAAACAUGCUCCGCAUUUGGGUGGAGGGGGACAACACGAUUCUCAAGAAUUAUUAGCUUGGUUGUUGGAUUCGUUGCAUGAGGAUUUAAAUCGCGUCCCAAAAAAGCAAUAUUCCGAGUUGAGGGAUUCUGAUGGAAGACCUGAUGAGGUUGUGGCACAAGAAGCUUGGAGCCAACAUUUAGCGCGGGAUCAUUCUAUAAUUACCGAUUUAUUUUAUGGGCAAUUAAAGAGUAAGGUUACCUGUCAAACUUGUGGGCAUGAAUCAGUGAGGUUCGAUCCGUUUAAUUUGCUUAGUUUGCCUUUACCAAUGGAGAGUUACACGUUAUGCGAAGUUUUGGUGAUAAGACUAACGGGGGAAGUCCCAAUUAAGUACGGGAUGCGUUUAAAUUCCGAAGCGAAAUACCUCGAACUGAAAGAACAAUUAGAAAACCUCUGCGAGAUCCCCCCAAAUCGGAUUUUAUUGGCCGAGGUGGCUUACUCGCAAAUUAAACAGUUCCUUAACGACGAAGCCCGAAUUAACCCGAGUACGGCGACCGAAUUAUACGCGUACGAGUUACCCCGGUGCGGAAAAGACGACCAUCUCGCUAAAAUCGAGGAUGACGCGGAUCUCGACCAGGCUCUCGUGCAGACACCUCUGGCCCGGAGCCCCGAGGUAAGGAGUUCAGCGCUAUGCAUGUCCAACAUUUUAUGCUUUAAGAAUCUCAGUUUAAGAGCUUGCGACACCGAAACAAUUGUGAAAUCAACGCGACUUCCGGCGGGGAUCUCUUUGCAAUCGCCGCCGAAACGCGUUUCCGUGCAUUCUGUGGCGCCAUCUGUGUACACGGAUGACCCGGUGAAGAGCCCGACUUACUUGGUUGCGGUGCACCGGAAGUGCGUGCGUCAGGAGACAUAUUUUUUGUCGCAGCACAAAUCGAAGCCGAGUUUGUUUGGAGUUCCGUUGCUGUUGGGUUGCAACUCCAACAGCACCUGUCAAAACUUGUAUGAGAUCGUUUGGAAUCAAGUGACGCGGUUGUUGAGUCCGUUACCUCAAAGCGAUCAAACGAAUCAUGCUACGGAUUGUGACGAUUCAUUAGGAUACGAAUUUCCAUUUACACUAAAAGCAAUAUUACAAGGUGGUCAAAUCUGCGCUUUAUGCCAUUGGACGCAAUUUUGCCGAGGAUGCAAAAUCCCUUGCAGCGAAGAAUCCCUCUUCGAUUUCUGCCAAGGUGGCCAAAACGUGAUGUGCAUCGCGAUCGAUUGGGACCCCACAGCUCUUCACCUCCGCUACCAAAGCAGUCGAGAGCGAAUCCUCAUCGAACACGAAUCCGUCUCAACUUGUCGCAAAUUACACACGGAACCCAUCGAUUUAGAUUACUGUUUACGCGCUUUCACCAGCGAGGAACGCUUAGAAACGAAAUAUCACUGCUCGAAAUGUCAAGAUAAACAACCCGCGACGAAAAAGUUACAAAUUUGGAGAUUACCCCCUAUUUUAAUCGUACAUUUAAAACGAUUCGAUUACGUCAACAACAAGUGGGUGAAAACGCAAAAAGUGGUGAAUUUUCCGUUUAAAAAUUUCGACCCCACCGCUUAUUUAGCGUCGAUCCCGCAAGAAACGAUUUUGAGGCACCAAUCGUUGAUGGAGAAGAAGAGGAAUUUGGAGAAUUCGUGCGAAGAGAAGAUCGACGAGGAGGAAGUUGAGAAAUUAGUCGAUGUCGAUGAAGUCGAUUUCAAAAGUGUUAAAGUUAGGAAGGAGAGAGUUGCCCCGAAAAAGCGGGAACGAUUGGAAUCGACGAGUUUGAUUAAAACCCCGGUUGUUGACGAGGAUUUAAAGGAUUUCCACGAGCAUAAAUUAAUUAAGGGGCAAGAUUUGUUCGAUUUGAAGUAUCAAUUAUACGCUGUUGUUAGUCAUUCCGGGUUAUUAAACGGGGGCCAUUACAUCUCGUACGCUUGUAACCCAAACGGACAUUGGUACUGCUACAACGAUAGUUCUUGUCGAGAAGUUUUAACCGAUUCGAACGAAAAUAACAACAACGAUAAGGCGCAACUAAAUUAUUCGACGACCCAUAUUAACCCACGGAUUAAUUCCCCGCUACAAACGCCUUUAAUGCGGAGAAGAAACGGAAGUAAUUCGAGUUUGUCCCAAAUUUCCACCGACACUUUAUGCAAUAACAACAAUAAUAACAAUAAUAAUAAUAACGAUCAAAAAUUGACGAACAAUUUAAGCGAUGAGAAUAAUUCAUCAUCGGAAACUCACACGUUAGUGAAUUCAAAAAUUAAUUCCCCAAAGAACUCGCCGUGUUUCCAAGAACGGAAGUUAAUGAAAAAGAUUUUCGAUGGAUCUGAAAAUUCGUUGAAUUCGUUUAAAUGCGCUUACACCGACGUGAAAGUUCCAAAAAUCGAUACAAGCUCGGCGUAUAUCUUGUUUUAUGAGAGAUCGGGGUUGGAUUAUCGGCCAUAUUUGCCGGAAGUUGCUUCGAAUAGUCCGGGUCAAGCGGCCGAAGUGGAAUUGGAGGAGAGUGAGACGGAGUUGAGGAAGAAUUGUGUUAUUCAAUAAGAUUAAUCUGGUUUUUUAUCGUUUUUGAGGAUUACGUUGUUUUAUUUUGAGGUUACGGUAAUAACGAUAAUGAGUUGCCAGUAUUUUUGUAUAUUUUUGUAAAUUAUAGCUUUUUAUAAACGUAAAUAAAUAGUAAAGUUUGUAAAUUUAAUUAAGUUUGAAUGUGCCUAAAAGUAAAUCAUUUUUAAUCAUUUUAAAGUAAUGCAAUACCAAAGAAAUUGUUGUUAGAUAUCGCUUAGUUAGAUUCCCGCACUUCGAUUUUAUUUUGUACAUAAAAAUGAUGUAAUAAAUAGUUAGUUAGUUAUUGAUGUUAUCUAGUUGUACAUCUCCAUUUUCUUUUUUUUGGGUUAAUUUAGAUUUUAAUUAAACCUAGUCUGAUAUUAUUAUUAUUUUGGUAAAUUCAUUUCGUUUUGUUAUUAACUUUUUGGUUGAAUUUAUUGGUGCCAUUAAAUCGAUUAUAAAUGAAACAAAAUAAAGAGAGCUUUUUGAUUUGUUA